AUGUUCCUUUCGAUUUCCCCCGAAGUCGAUAAUCCCGACGAACUGUCUGGUGGGGAGGACCAAUCAAGCGCCUCGGUAGAAGUACAGAAUUCCUCUGGAGCCUCUCCUACUACCUCGAAACGCCCAAAGAUGGCUGAAAAGAUUGCGCCAUCUCAACCCUCUCAAACUUACACCAUCGACCUUCCUGAUGCACCUGUUGAUGAGGUUCAUCCACUGGUGGGCGUUCCGAGGAAGCAUGCCGGUGGCAAGUCUGCCUUAGGGCAUGGGUAUGGCGGUAGUAACAAAGGUGGUGAAUUUUCAGACGCAGGCUCGUUCCGGAAAGGUCGAAAUCGGGCAAGAAAGUGA